CUAUAUUCCUAUACUUAACUUUGAAACUCUUUUUCAUCUUUCAUGUUCUGUUUCAUUGAAUCCCAAGAACAAGAAGAGCCAAAAAAUGUUGACUCUAAGCAUACUUUUCUUAGCAUUUCUCUUCAUUCUUGGUUUAAUUACAACCCUUUUCAAUUUCCCAACAAAAAAAUUCCAAUCUUGGAUCUUUUCUCUUUCAAUCAAAGCUCAAACUCCAUCUUCAUCUCCUCUUUUCAAGAACUCAACUUCAACUUCACCACCUUUGGUUGAACAAAAAAUCAUGAAAAGGAGUACUUCAAAUAGCCAUAACAAGGUUGAGUUAAGGAGUAUAUUUGCAACUUUUGACAAGAACAAUGAUGGUUACAUAACAAAGCAAGAGCUAAAGCAAUCACUCAACAAUAUUGGUAUUUAUAUGGAGGAUAGAGAUAUAGUUGAAAUGGUGGAAAAAGUUGAUUCAAAUAAAGAUGGUUUAAUUGAUCUUGAUGAGUUUUAUGAGCUUUGUCAUUCAUUCUUGGGAAUACAAGGAGUAAUUGGUAGUCAAGAAAAUAGUGGAGAAAUGAAUCAAGAAGAGGAGGCAAAUAGAGAGAGGGAUCUUAAAGAUGCAUUUGAUGUAUUUGAUUAUGAUAAAGAUGGAUUAAUAUCAGAGGAAGAGUUGAGUAAAGUACUUUCAUCUUUGGGAUUGAAUCAAGGGAAGAAAUUGGAAGAUUGUAAGGAAAUGAUAAGGAAAAUUGAUGUAGAUGGUGAUGGUAUGGUUAAUUUUGAUGAAUUCAAGAAGAUGAUGAAACUUGGUGGGAGGCUAAUUCCAAUUUCUUGAAAAGCCAUGCAAAUUACUACAUAUCUUUUUUAUUUCAUUUUUUAUUAGUAUACCGUUAUGGUCACGAGCAGAAUCUUAGCUUGAACCUAUUUCGUUCUACCAAAGCAAAAUUCAAGAAAACCAAUUGAAAGAAAGCCUUAUGUUACAAGAUGAAUCUUUACUAGUAAUAGUUUUCAUGAUUUAGAUUUGUACAAAUAGGAACAAGAAUUUGCAUGAAUGAUUGUAUAGUUUAGUUUAGUUUAAGCCUUAUGUUACAAGAUGAAUCUUUACUAGUAAUAGUUUUCAUGAUUUAGAUUUGUACAAAUAGGAACAAGAAUUUGCAUGAAUGAUUGUAUAGUUUAGUUUAGUUUACUUUCUUAGUUUCUAUGAGAAAUUGGAUCUUUGGUUUUAGUUAAGUCAACUACCCCUAAGAUUUUUCUCCUUUUUUCUUCUCUUUUUAAUUAGUUGGAUUAGAGAAAAUUAAAGCACAUGAAGAGGUAGGGGAAGGAGGAAGUAUGACAACCUUUGGCUCUGUAUUCAAAGUAUUUGAUCUUAAUGUGUUGUUUCAGAGCAGACAAUUUCAUUGGUUGUACUGACAAUAUAUGUUUGUUUAUUA